AUGAUUCAACAUCCUGGAAUCAAGAAUGAAACAGCAAUUAUUUUGAAAGGACUUCAGGGAACAGGUAAAAACAGAUUUACAGACAUUAUUUCUGAACUUCUCGCCGGUUAUUCAUGUAAAAACAUUACUGAAAUAAGUGAGCUAACGGGUAAUUUCAACUCAGUAGUUGAAAAUAAAAUGUUUCUUGUACUUAAUGAACUCAAGAAUGUAGGUGAAGACAGACUUGCAAACUUCAACGCUUUGAAAUCAAUUAUAACGGAUAAUGAGAUAAGAAUUAAUGAAAAGAAUCAACCCAGAAGAACUGCUCAGAACGUUGCAAACUUCAUUUUCGUAACUAACAACGUCUACCCUGUCAAAAUUGAAGUUGGAGACAGAAGAUACGUAGUUUUAAGAGUUAAUGGUAAAUUCAAGGGUCAAUUUGAUUACUUCAAGAAUUUAAUGGAUUCAUGCACAAAGGAAUUUUAUGAUAACCUUUUAACAUAUUUUAUGCAAUAUGACCUUUCAUCAUUUAAUGUACGAAUCAUACCGAUGACUGAAGCCAAACAAGAUUUAAUCGAGUUAUCAACAAAUCCUUUAGAUGUAUGGAUAAAUACACAUUAUGAUGAAUUGUGUGCAGGUAUGACGUGUAAAAAUGCUCUAUUCUGCAAACCAUCAGACAUGAAAGACAAGAAUUUCCAAAUGAGCAUUAAGGAUAAAUGUGAAAGGAAACAAAGAAAAAUAGAUGGUAAACAAACAUGGUAUUAUGUUUUGAAAGAAGAAAUGAAAGGAUUAUAUAAACAAAUUGAACCAAAC